UGAUCGACUCGCGGCAAUAAAUAACCCGUUUUUACCUUGGUAGCUAGACUUCAUUUGCAGUAGAUCGCUAGAGAGAGAGAUAGAGAGAACAAAUGGCGACGAUCAAGGCCGUUAAAGCUAGGCAAAUCUUCGAUAGCCGUGGAAAUCCAACCGUUGAGGUGGAUGUUUGUCUGAGUGAUGGAACCUUAGCUAGGGCUGCUGUUCCGAGUGGUGCCUCGACAGGCGUAUACGAGGCUUUGGAACUCAGAGAUGGGGGAUCAGACUAUCUUGGAAAAGGUGUCCUCAAGGCUGUGGAGAAUGUUAAUGCAAUAAUUGGACCUGCUUUGAUUGGAAAGGACCCAACCGAGCAAACUGGCAUUGAUAACUUCAUGGUACAACAACUUGAUGGAACAGUUAACGAGUGGGGCUGGUGCAAGCAGAAGCUUGGUGCUAAUGCUAUAUUGGCAGUAUCACUUGCUGUCUGUAAAGCAGGUGCUAGCGUGAAAAAGAUCCCUCUUUACCAGCACAUUGCGAACCUUGCUGGGAACAAAACUCUAGUUCUGCCUGUGCCUGCAUUUAAUGUCAUCAAUGGAGGAUCACAUGCAGGCAAUAAGCUAGCAAUGCAGGAGUUUAUGAUCCUUCCUGUUGGGGCAUCCACUUUCAAGGAAGCCAUGAAGAUGGGUGUCGAAGUAUAUCACCAUUUGAAGGCUGUGAUUAAGAAAAAAUAUGGCCAAGAUGCAACGAAUGUUGGUGAUGAAGGUGGCUUUGCUCCUAAUAUUCAGGAGAACAAAGAGGGUCUUGAACUCUUAAAGACAGCUAUAGCCAAAGCUGGAUAUACUGGCAAGGUUGUGAUUGGCAUGGAUGUUGCUGCUUCAGAGUUUUACGACAGCAAGGAUAAGACCUAUGAUCUAAACUUCAAGGAGGAGAACAAUGACGGAUCGCAGAAAAUAUCAGGAGACAGUUUGAAGAAUGUCUACAAGUCAUUUGUUGCUGAAUAUCCGAUUGUUUCCAUCGAAGAUCCCUUUGAUCAGGAUGAUUGGGAGCAUUAUGCUAAGCUGACUGCAGAGAUUGGUGAGAAAGUACAGAUUGUUGGUGAUGAUCUACUAGUCACCAACCCUAAGCGUGUGGAGAAAGCAAUCAAAGAAAAGGCCUGCAAUGCCCUUCUGUUAAAGGUGAACCAAAUUGGGUCUGUCACUGAGAGCAUUGAAGCUGUGAAAAUGUCCAAACGGGCUGGUUGGGGUGUGAUGGCAAGCCACCGCAGUGGUGAAACAGAGGAUACAUUCAUUGCAGAUCUUUCAGUGGGCUUGGCUACGGGCCAGAUCAAGACUGGAGCUCCAUGCCGUUCAGAACGACUUGCAAAGUACAACCAGCUGCUGAGGAUUGAAGAGGAGCUUGGGUCCGCUGCCAUCUAUGCUGGUGAAAAGUUCCGCACUCCAGUCAAACCCUACUAAUUGACUGUCCUGAGAUCCAAGGAGCACUAGUUGAUUUGAGUUUUUUUGCAUAAAAUUUUGGUAUGGACUGAAGCUGCUCCUGUGGAAACUGAGUGCCGGCCCUUGGGUAUUAAUAGAGAAUAGGGUAGACAAAAUAUAAUAAAAAUUCUAAGUUGGCCACUAUCAAGCAGGAUAGCAUGUGAGGGCCAUUGACAAUGAGCCCUACUGUUGCUUGUUCUUCUGGCGUCUCAGAGAGCAGUUCACUUUUAACUGAUAUGCUUUUUUCACUCCCCUUCUAGAGUUAUGGAGGUGGAGAUCUUAAAUGGGUGGUUUCUUUAACA